AUGUGGGUUCUCCUCAUUUUAAUGCUCAUAGCCACGCCCACAAUACACGGAAGAGCUCCAGUGGUGGAAAUUCCAGAAUUCACGGAUUUGAAUGGGUCCCAAUACAAUAUUACCACUUUGAUGCCCCAGGUUUUCUUGCAUACUGGGGAAUUCCUGAUCAAUUCGUCGAUGUGCCUUCACUACUCGUUCAAGCUGCUCGAGACACGCGUCAAAUUGCUCAGCCAUACUUGUCAACUUUCAACUGGAGGAUACUGUGUUCUGGAUAAAUUUACGUAUCCAAAGGAUACUGAAGGAUGCACUUAUCUUCGUCCGUGGAAGCAUCAUGAUGAUCGAUUCAAAUUCUACUUCAUCCUGGAACGUCGUCCACGCAAACUCGGUGCCUACUACCAUCAACGAGUCCGCGAGGGAAAACGAAAGCGUCAUGUGGUCAGAAGAAGUACAAAAGUGAUCGGUCAGCUGAAUCUCUACGGACUUGUCGACUGCAAAAACGUCUGCAAUUUGGGUCUUGGCGAGAAAAAGUUGGGAUCGUAUUCGGAUGGGACGUUCCAUUCUGGCAGGGCUUCGAGAUACAAUAAAUAG